CCCCCGCCUCCUUCAGGCCGUCCGCCUCGGCCGUUCCCGCCACCUCCGCGACGCCCUCGCCCUCUGACGCGCCCCGCGCAAUCCCCCCGCCGGCCGGGUACUGCUCGUCUCCAACGCUCCGGCCGCUCUCCAGCCCCGGUGCCCCACCGACGCUGCAACGUUCCGGCCGGAGCCCCGCCGGCCGGGUACUGCUCGUCUCCAACGCUCCGGCCGCUCUCCAGCCCCGGUGCCCACGACGCUGCAACGUUCCGGCCGGAGCCCCGCGGCCGGGUACUGCUCGUCUCCAACGUUCCGGCCGCUCUCCAGCCCCGGUGCCCCACCGACGCUGCAACGUUCCGGCCGGAGCCCCGCCGGCCGGGUACUGCUCGUCUCCAACGCUCCGGCCGCUCUCCAGCCCCGGUGCCCCACCGACGCUGCAACGUUCCGGCCGGAGCCCCGCCGGCCGGGUACUGCUCGUCUCCAACGCUCCGGCCGGAGGGCUCGCCGGCCGGGCACUGCUUGUCUCCAACGCUCCGGCCGCUCUCCAGCCCCGGUCGGCCAGAGGGCUUGCCCACACUCGCAAUCCCUCAUGGCCAGGCACCCCUUGUUCGCGUGUGUAAUGGCAAUUGA